AUGUGGAGAGCAGAGCGAGAGUCCGUCCAGAAAUCCGACCGCAUGCGUAGUACAAGUAGUAGUACUAUAAGUAGUAAUAUGAGUGAGAGUAGUAGUAUAAGUUCGAGUAGUAGUAUGAGUGCAAGUAGUAGUAUGAAUGCGAGUAGUAGUAUGAGUAAUAGAACGACUGCGAGUAGUAGUAGUGCGAGUGCGAGUAGUAGUUCGAGUAGUAGUACGAUUAGUAGUACGAGUAGUAGUAUGAGUGCGAGUAGUAGUACGAGUGCGAGUAGUAGUACGAGUAGUAGUAUGAGUGUGAGUAGUAGUACAAGUGCAAGUAGUAGUACAAGUGCGAGUAGUAGAACAAGUGCUAGAAGCGGCACUGUAUCCUCAAGCAGGAAAGCUACUGGCCCCAGUUUUCUAACAAUGCGGCAGGGCCCAGCCCAGCGGGAACCGAGGGGCCCAUCCCUGACAGAUGGAGGAAUUCGUCUCAUUACUAGGGAACCUAUAGUCGGAAGGAAAGCGACUCUAGAGCCCUUCCAUGAGCCUGUCAACAGCUUUGAAGCCACUGCCACCUGCACCAUUGCCUGCCUUCCGGAAUGGUUUCUGCAGGUGGAACAAGAAUUCCUGCUUCGCCACGUCACCUCUCCGCUCACGAAAUAUCGGAUACUGGUGACAAAUCUAUCACCGGAACUUCUACUCUCCGUCGGCGACCUCAUCAACAACCCCGAGUUCAAUUCGUAUGAACUCCUCAAGGCAGCAAUCUUACAGCGAGCGGCGCCCUCCCCACAACACGCUCUCUUCACGUCAACGUCACCGGACGGCCGUACGCCCUCAGAGAUACUACGACACAUGCAGCGCACCCUCGCCCGUGCCGACACACACCUGCCUCCCGAUAUUCUGCGCUCGAUGUUCCUCCAACGUCUGCCGGCGGCAGUUCAGACCGUCCUUUUAGCCUCAGAACUCCCCAUCGAGCAACUAGCAUUGAAAGCAGACGAAAUCCUCGCCAUACAAGCCAGCCCACAAGUCUCAGCCGUGUCCACUACACCGUCUUUAACCCUGGAGUCCCUCGCUACACAGAUCGCUGAACUCACAACCGCAGUUCGACGGCUCGCAGCCCGCGAACCUUCACCGCGUCCCAGGUCCCGCCAUAGCAGCCCUGCAUCGCCACGUGCCUACCGCGACAGCGGACGAGACUUCGCGCCUCAGCACCGUCAAAACUACAAUCGCCGCCGCUCCCCGACUCCAGACACAGGUGCUGAGGUCAGCCUUAUCCCUGCAUCCCACAAGGACAGGACCUCGCCCGCAUCUCGCACGCUGGAGGCCGCCAACAGUUCUCCCAUAAAUGUAUACGGUGAGCGCUCCAUGACACUCCUUUUCAGUGGCGCCCCCCACCCGAAGCUGACGUGGGUGUUCCUGGUCGCCAAUGUACAGCAGCCAAUCCUCGGAGCAGACUUCCUCGCACAUUAUGGAUUCACGGUGGACCUUAAACGGGAGGCCCUCGUACACCAGUCAGGUGCCCGCACCCACGCCUCGUCGGCCCUAGUACGAGUCCCCCGCAUCUACACGGUGCUACCGCCCCUCGCAACAGACCGUUUCCGCAUCGCCAAGGCAGAGUUCGAGCACAUGAGGGACCUUGGAAUCAUACACCCUUCCAGUAGCCAGUGGGCAUCUCCUCUGCACCUCAGUGCACCAUUUUCUCGAAAAUUGACCUCGUCAGAGCGUACCAUCAGAUCCCCAUCGCUAAAGAGGACAUUCCAAUGA